AAAAUUUCAUUAAGUUGAGUCAGAUAGCAAAGACGCCCCCAGCCUCAAAUAGCUAGGUCCUACCUCGGGAGCCUCUUGAGUUUCGUAUUAGGCCACCAGGUUGGGUCGCCCCUUAAGGAGUCCUGGGCCCAUGCCAGCCUGUGAACACUCAAUGUGACCUCUGACCCUUGGUGUGAUCUUGGACCCAGCGAGGACCAGUCCCUGGCGUGGGCCGAAGGGACAGCCAUGGAGCUGGGCAGCUGCUUCAAGACCUACGAGGACUUCAAGGAGUGCUUCAGCGCCUACAAAAAGGAGAACAGGUGCUCCUUCAUUCUCAGGGACUGCGUCUCCGUCCGCUUCCACAACCUCAACCACGGCACCUCCAUCCGCGAGGACAUCCUGGUCUCACUAACAUUGUGAUACGUGCAGGUGAAAUUUGUCUGUAUUCGGACCCAGUCAAACAGGAAGAGAACACGGGAGGCGGACAUGUGCCCAGCAUAUUUGCUCCUGAGGUACAACGAGAGACUAGAUAGACUAUUUAUCAGUGAACUUAACACCCACCACGUACACGUUGAUUCCAAAACCGCUAUUCCUGGAGGAGACACCGUUUGCAAAUCUCAAAGGACACUGUGUCUGCAGAAACUCCAGCCUGUGCUGCCCACAUUCAAGAAGGACUUUGAUAAAGCUGAGAAGUCCCCAGUAGAACCAUCGUUUUGUCUAAGUGAUGUACAAGUGCCCUCAAAACCAGAGCAGGAAGGCAUCACUCCUUCUGAUCUGGCUAAGAUAGCAAAAGUGAUGAAAAACUUUCUUAAGGUAGAUAAGGGUUCCAUGGCUUCCUUCAGUGUGGGCACCAGCCGAGACUUGGACCGGCUGAGCUUCCAGAGCAGCAAGAUGAGUGACCUGUUCAUCCGAUUCCCAGAGAAUCUCUUGCUGCACCGGGUGGAGAAUACCCAGGGCCACAUCCUCUAUGCUUUCUUGGUGGAGAACAAGGAACGAGAAGGUCGAGUGGUCCACUUUGCUGUGCUCAAGACUGAGACAGCCACCUCUGUCGCCAAGAUGCUGAGCAUCUUCACAGAGUUUAACUCUGAUUGGCCCAAGGUCAAGGUGGUCUUUGUGGACCCUUCAUUCCCUCACCGGCCCAUUCUGCAGGAGAUCUUCCCCGCUGCCCGCAUCCUUCUUUCCAUCUACCACACAACCCGGCUCUUGGAGAAGAAGUUACAUCGUAGUUCAGCAAAUCCAUCCUUUAAAAGACUCAUGAAGGAAGCCCUGCGGGAGGCUGUGUUUGUCACUUCUGAAGCCAGCCUUAAAAAUCUUUGUCAGAUGUCCCAAACUCUGCUAGACGAGGAUCUCUUCAGCUUCCUACAGGCCCACUGGUUCUCCUGUGAACUGCUGUGGUACAUGCACGUAAGGAAGGGCCUGCAUGCGUGUAAUACCUACAUGGACAGCCUAGACAUAGUCACCAGCAAGGUGUCAAGCCUCUUUCGGGAACAGCAGUCCCUGCUGGACUGCAUCCUCCGCUUUGUGGAUUACAUAGACUUCUUCAAUACUAAGGGCUUGAAGAAUUUACCCACAGCUCCUCCCAAGUUAAAGAGAACUCGGCCUCCAAGCAUGCCACCAAAGGCCAAGAAGCCUUUUGGAAUCUGUGGAGGGAGCCUUAAUGGGCUCUCUGUGGAAGAGACGAAGCCAGACUCGCAGCAAGUUCAGUUGCAGCAGCAGCCCUCCCUGGGUGACAUGCUAGACACCUUAAACCAAAGUGGCUCUGAACUGGCCUAUAAGUUGUGCAACAAAGAGUGGGAGGUGGUACAGAAUUCCACCCAUCUGGUGGGCAUGGCCGGACCCUCGGUGGAUGUUCAGCUGCUAGAGGACUCUCACCAAGUUAGCAAAGAUGGUUGUAGCUGCAGCUGUUCCUUUCAGCGAUGGUACCACCUGCCUUGCCGGCACAUUUUGGCGCUGCUGCAUACCAGCCAGCAACCUGUGGGUGAAGCCAUGGUGUGCAGACGGUGGCAGAAGAAGUAUCAGCACCUCCUGGGGCCCAAUGGGGAGCUCCAGGACCGUGGUGUGAUCCCACACACAGACCAGCCUGAAAAGCAAGGUCGGAACAAUAUGAUUCAGGACCUAAGCAGAGAGCUGGCAAACUUGCUAAUGCAGACCGAGGGCCCAGAGCUGGAGGAGCGCUGUUCUACCCUGCGCAAGAUUGUGGACAUCUGGGCUGUCCCCUGUCAGCCUCCUGAGUCCAUUCAGCAGCCAGGAGACUUCAGGGACGUAGGCUGCCUCCCUUUCCUCUGGGGAAAACAUGAAGAAGGAGAGGGACUCCCUCCUGCUGAAGCCACAAUUCAGGAUUGAAUCACUUGCACUGGCACAAUUGGACCAAACCCCUCUCCUAGGAAGUUUGCGAGUUCGGAGUGGGCAGGUCAUGAUAGGGGUCAGUGUUUUGACCAAUGUCUUCCUUGGUAGGGAUUGAAAGAUUAUUAAAAAAAAAAAAAAUUAUAUAUAUAGGAGAGGGACCCCACUGUGAAUCUGCCCCUUUUCAGCCCUCCCCUUUGGCAUUCCAUGGGCACUGCAUUCAUUGUUCAAAGCCAAAGUUAUCUCCAUACUGAAAGGUUACCUCUUUUUUCCCCAACCCCUGAGAGAAGUCUUCUUCCUACAGAGAUGAACCCCUACCCCAAGACAGGAUGAGACAAAAUGGGCCUGGUAAAAGGGGCCUGUUUUCAGGAACAAAGAGAAGGAGAGUGAAUCUUGUUUGUUGCUGCUCUUUAUGAAGAAUCUGUUAUUUGUACCUAUUUUUAUUCAUAUUAAAUAAAGUUGUUUUUU